GUCUUCGAGGAACUUCUGUUAGAUGCCGACUGGUCCGUAAACGCGGGAAUGUGGAUGUGGCUGUCCUGUUCCAGUUUCUUCCAGCAGUUUUUCCACUGCUACUGCCCCGUCAAAUUCGGCAGAAAAGCUGACCCUAACGGCGAUUACAUAAGAAAAUAUCUGCCGGUGCUCAAGAAUAUGCCCAUACAGUACAUCCACGAGCCGUGGGCGGCUCCUGAGAACGUCCAGCGUGCGGCGAAGUGCAUGAUCGGAAAGGACUAUCCUCUUCCGAUGGUGAACCACGCCAGUGCUAGUCGUAUCAACAUCCAGAGGAUGAAACAGGUGUACCACCAACUCGCGAACUACCGGCCUCUAGAACACUGUAAAUGUAACGGGCCGGAAAACCACAAAGAUGGUUUCCAGCAUCAGGCGAAUGCGGUUACGGUUGGGAAUCACAAUAGUAAUAAUCAGUCAUUAAAUUAAGGACCAUAUUUAUUUUUUUGUAGAUUUGUGAUAUUUUUAUUAAUUUUCUAAGAUUUGUGUCAAAUUGAAAGCAUAGGGUUUAAGAGAGACACAAACAUUUUAAUUCUCGAUUAACAUUACACUAUUUUUGAAAGAUUAGAUUUUUUUAUUUGAAAUUUUUUUUUUAACCAUAUUUAAGACGGUGGUGAUGGUUAUCGCCUUUUAAAUACAUUAUUUCUCUGUAAUCGUUAGGUGUCUAUCUUAGUUUUUCUUAAAGCAUUUGUUAAUACCUAGAAAAAAAAAUACGAGUAUGUAUUUUGUAUUUUUUAUUUUAUAAAACAAAUAAAUAUUUUAGUUAGACUUUUUCUCUUAUCCUACAAAAAUAAACUUUUUGGAAAUGUAACAACAAACUUAACGAAUGACUCUAGGUUUACAGAAGAAUUUGUGUGGCCUACGUAAAUUUAUCUUGAUCUAAAAUAUAUACAACUACUUUGGAAGAGCUUUCUUGGGGUUCUACAAUGGUACCGUUGUCUAAAAUAUAUGCGUUUUC